AUGGCAAAACUCCUCGCAGCUCUGGGCGUCCUGCUCGUCCUGCAUGUCGCCUCGUCUGUGAAACUGGUGUGUCACAUGACCAACUGGGCCCAGUACAGACCUGCAGGUGGUAAAUUCACGCCAACCAACAUUGACCCCUUCCUGUGCACACACAUCAUCUACAGCCUGGCUACCAUCAACAGCUUCAACCAGAUCACCCCUGUAGAGUGGAACGACGAGCAGCAGUUCGUCCUGCUCAACCACCACAAGAACGUUAAUCCUGCUCUGAAGACUCUGCUGUCGGUUGGCGGUACAGUGAAUGGAAUCAGCCCCUUCAUCGCCAUGGUUGCCAGGGCUGAAACCCGAGCAGCCUUCAUCAGGUCGGCCAUCAGCUACCUUCGGCAUCACGACUUUGACGGUCUGAAUCUGGCCUGGGAGUUUCCCGCUCACAACGGGAGCCCGGCAGGGGACAGGGAGAAUUUCUCCCUGCUGGUUGAGGAGAUGGCCAAAGCCUUCGAGGACGAGGCCAAAGAAAACAGGCUGACUCAGCUGCUUCUGUCAGCUAAUGUUGCUGGUUUAAUCCCGACCAUUGACAAAGCCUACGAGGUCGGCAAAAUCUCAGAUAAACUCGACUUCCUCAACGUCAUGACCUAUGACUACCACGGUCACUGGGAGGCAGCUACUGGACACAACAGCCCUCUGUACCGCAGCAACGUGGACACGCCCGCACACAUGCACCGCAACAUCAACUCAACCAUUUCUUACUGGAUUUCACGUGGAGCGGCCCCUCAGAAGCUGCUGCUUGGUAUCCCCACCUACGGACGAACCUUCCGCCUCUCCACCUCCGCUAACGGCCUUGGAGCUCCAGCUAAUGGCCCAGCUGAUGCCGGGCCCUACACUCGCACAGCUGGGUUCUGGUCCUAUUAUGAGAUCUGCGAGUUCACCCCGACUGCUGAUGAGCACUGGAUCAAUGAACAGGAAGUUCCUUAUGCCACUUACGGCAGCGCCUGGGUCGGCUACGACAACCUACGCAGCCACGCUGCUAAGGUUGAAUUUCUGAAUGAGAACAACCUUGGAGGUGCUCAUGUCUGGACUCUGGACAUGGAUGACUUCGUAGGAACCUUCUGUGCUGGCGGACAGUACCCUCUGACCAACACCCUCAGGCUGAGAAUGGGUUUCCCACCAAAGCCCACUACCACACCGGCUCCCACCACCACCAGAGACCCCAUCGCUGAUUUCUGUCACGGUCGGCCCGACGGUCUGUAUCCAAACGAGGCCGAUAACACCACGUACUUCCAGUGCUUCCAGGGGAACACCUACCUGCACCGCUGCCAGCCUGGACUCAUCUACUGGGACUCCUGCAAAUGCUGCAACUGGCCUUGAGCCGCAGGGACCCGAUCCAACAAGUCCACAACAA